AUGGCGGGUGGAGGCAUCUCCAGGCCAAUGUCUCGACUUGGAUUUCCUUCAGCCCGGCCUCUCCGGGAGGAUGAAGAGGAGCAGCCAGCGAGUUGGGUUUUGAAUUUUGCUCGAGUUCUCGUUGAGUUACUGUGGCUGCUGUCGUUGACAGAGGACCUGACCCUGGACCCCGAUUCGGCAAACCACCUCCUCAUCCUCUCCGCGGACCUCAAGAGCGUGAGGAUGGGCUGCAGGAAGCAGGAGCUGCCCGACAACCCCAAGAGAUUCGACACCAACUCGCGGGUGCUGGCUACCACGGGCUUCGCGUCGGGAAGACACUACUGGGAGGUGGAGGUGGGGGCCUCGGACGGUUGGGCCUUCGGGGUGGCCAAGGAAUCCGUCAGGAGGAAAGGCCUGACUCAGUUUUCCCCCGAGGAAGGGAUCUGGGCGGUGCAGCAAAACGGGGGGCGCUACUGGGCGGUCACCUCGCCCCAACGCACCCCGCUGUGCCUCAGCCGGAAACUGAGCAAGGUCCGGGUCUACCUGGAUUACGAAGGGGAAGAAGUUUCCUUCUACGACGCCGACAACAUGCAGCACAUCUUCACCUUCAACGUCGCCUUCCGGGAGAAGGUUUUCCCCCUCUUUUCCGUUUGUUCCACCGUCACCUACAUCAAGCUCUGCCCCUGAGACUCCUCCCGGCCUUGGCCCGAGGGCCCGUCGGCCAAUCGCCAAUCGGCGGCACGGUUUGG